AGCUCCAUCCCUCACCCCGGUCCUCCUCUCCCUCCCUCCCUGCAGUGUUUCAUCCACCCCUCCCCAGUGCGUUACCCCGGUCCUCCUCACCGCCGGGGCCAGUUGAAACCCUGCUACCUGCUGAACGCUGCCUCCCUGCUGCCUGUCUUAGCCCUGGGGGUGGAGGAGGGGGACAGGGUCCUGGAUCUCUGCUCUGCUCCUGGAGGGAAGGCCUUGGCUAUACUACAGACUGCUGACCCAGCUCUGUUGUGUUGUAAUGAAAUGGACCCACACCGACGUGAUUGGCUGGCCAAAACCCUGGAAUCCUUCAUCCCCCAAUCGCUGAGCAGGACUGUCACCGUGUCCAAUCAGGAUGGACGGAUCUUUGGGCAGAGUGAAGCCGGAAUGUAUGACAAGGUGCUGCUGGAUGCUCCAUGUUCUAAUGAUCGUAGCUGGCUGUUCUCUGGACCAGGAGGGGAGCAGCGAGGAGCUGUGAGGUUGAGGGAGAGGGCCAGGUUGCCCACACUACAGACACAACUGCUCAGGUCUGCGCUGGCUGCAGUGCGUCCGGGGGGCGUGGUCGUCUACUCCACCUGCACGCUGUCCCGCUCUGAGAACCAGGAAGUGGUGGAGGCGGUCCUAAACACCUCUCCAGGGGUGGAGCUUCAAGACUUGGAGGAGGAGCUAGCCCUCCCACUCCAGGAACACUUCACCUUCACCCCAUUAGGCCACACCCCCUCGUUAGGCCUCCUUGUGGUUCCACAGCAGGGUCAGACUUGGGGACCCAUGUUCCUGUCGCGCAUCAAGAGGAUUCACUGACCGGUUUGCUGGACUCGCUGACUUCCUGUCACGCAUCAGGAGGACUCACUGACUGGCUGGUUGGUUGAUGGACUCGCUGACACGCAUCAGGAGGACUCACUGACUGACUGGUUGGUUGAUGGACUCGCUGACUUCCUGUCACACAUCAAGAGGACGAACUGACUGACUGACUGGUUGGUUGAUGGACUCGCUGACUUCCUGUCACACAUCAAGAGGACGAACUGACUGACUGACUGGUCGGUUGAUGGACUCGCUGACUUCCUGUCACACAUCAAGAGGACGAACUGACUGACUGACUGACUGACUGGUUGGUUGAUGGACUCGCUGACUUCCUGUCACACAUCAAGAGGACGAACUGACUGACUGACUGGUCGGUUGAUGGACUCGCUGACUUCCUGUCACGCAUCAAGAGGACGAACUGACUGACUGACUGACUGGUUGGUUGAUGGACUCGCUGACUUCCUGUCACGCAUCAAGAGGACGAACUGACUGACUGACUGGUCGGUUGAUGGACUCGCUGACUUCCUGUCACACAUCAAGAGGACGAACUGACUGACUGACUGGUCGGUUGAUGGACUCGCUGACUUCCUGUCACACAUCAAGAGGACGAACUGACUGACUGACUGGUUGGUUGAUGGACUCGCUGACUUCCUGUCACGCAUCAAGAGGACGAACUGACUGACUGACUGGUUGGUUGAUGGACUCGCUGACUUCCUGUCACGCAUCAAGAGGACGAACUGACUGACUGACUGACUGGUUGGUUGGUUGAUGGACUCGCUGACUUCCUGUCACGCAUCAAGAGGAUGAACUGACUGACUGACUGGUUGGUUGAUGGACUCGCUGACUUCCUGUCACGCAUCAAGAGGACUCACUGACUGACUGACUGGUUGGUUGAUGGACUCGUUGACUUCCUGUCGCGCAUCAAGAGGACAAACUGGUUGGUUGAUGGACUCGCUGACUUCCUGUCACGCAUCAAGAGGACUCACUGACUGACUGACUGGUUGGUUGAUGGACUCGCUGACUUCCUGUCACGCAUCAAGAGGACGAACUGACUGACUGACUGGUCGGUUGAUGGACUCGCUGACUUCCUGUCACACAUCAAGAGGACGAACUGACUGACUGGUUGGUUGAUGGACUCGCUGACUUCCUGUCACGCAUCAAGAGGACGAACUGACUGACUGACUGGUCGGUUGAUGGACUCGCUGACUUCCUGUCACGCAUCAAGAGGACGAACUGACUGACUGACUGGUCGGUUGAUGGACUCGCUGACUUCCUGUCACGCAUCAAGAGGACGAACUGACUGACUGACUGGUUGGUUGAUGGACUCGCUGACUUCCUGUCACGCAUCAAGAGGACUCACUGACUGACUGACUGGUUGGUUGAUGGACUCGCUGACUUCCUGUCACGACUUUCUGUCACGCAUCAAGAGGACUCACUGACUGACUGACUGGUCGGUUGAUGGACUCGCUGACUUCCUGUCACGACUUCCUGUCACGCAUCAAGAGGACUCACUGACUGAGCAUGUCAGACACUGAGGCUGGUCUUCAAGGAUUCCACAAUGCAACAUGUUUUCAUGUGACGGCUACUGCUAAGGAGCUAGCUCUCUAGGGAUGCGUUCCAAAUGGCACUCUGUAUAGCACACACAAGUAGUGCACUAUAUAUAGGGAAUAGGGUUCUAUAGGGCCCUGGUCUAAAGUAGUGCAC